AUGGGAGACAUGAGAAGGGAUGUUGCAGCACAGGUGACAACUACAGAGGUUGUUACUUCACAUGCCUUAGCGAAUAAAUGGGAACAGGAUCUCAGGCCAGGGUCCUGGAGUCACCAUCAGGCAGACUUGAUACUGGAGAUGGCUAUGGCAGGAAGGAAUCAAACCAUCAUCACAGAGUUCCUUCUUCUGGGACUGCCCAUUGAGCCAGAGCAGCAAAACCUCUUCUAUGCCCUGUUCCUGGCCAUGUAUCUUACCACUGUCCUGGGGAACCUCCUCAUCAUCAUGCUUAUUCACCUGGACUCUCACCUCCACACACCCAUGUAUUUCUUUCUCAGUAAUUUGUCUUUCUCUGACCUCUGCUUUUCCUCUGUCACAAUGCCCAAGUUGCUGCAGAACAUGCAGAGUCAAGUCCCAUCCAUCCCCUAUGCAGGCUGCUUGGCCCAAAUGUACUUCUAUCUGUUUUUUGCAGACCUGGAGAGCUUCCUGCUUGUGGCCAUGGCCUAUGACCGCUAUGUGGCCAUCUGCUCCCCACUGCACUACACCACCAUCAUGAGCCCCAAGCUCUGUUUCUCAAUGGUAGUUCUGUCCUGGGUGCUUACCACCUUCCAUGCCCUGUUACACACUCUUCUCAUGGCUAGACUGUGUUUUUGUGCUGACAACAAGAUCUUGCACUUUUUCUGUGACAUCUCUGCUCUGCUGAAGCUGUCCUGCUCUGACACUGGAGUUAAUGAGUUGAUGAUCUUUAUUGUUGGAGGGCUCAUUGUUGUCAUCCCAUUCCUACUCAUCAUCAUGUCCUAUGCACGAAUUGUGUCCUCCAUCCUCAAGGUCCCUUCUGCUAGAGGCAUCUUCAAGGCCUUCUCCACCUGUGGCUCCCACCUGUCUGUGGUGUCACUGUUCUAUGGGACAAUUAUUGGUCUCUAUUUCUGCCCAUCAGCUGACAACUCUGUUGUUAAGGAGACAGCCAUGGCUACAAUGUACACUGUGGUGACCCCCAUGCUGAACCCCUUCAUCUACAGUCUGAGAAACAGGGACAUGAAGGGAGCUCUGGGAAGAGUCUUUUAUAAAAAGAUAUUUUCUUGUUAUAUAUGA